AUGGCGUCGGAGGCCGAGCUCGUGACGCGCGUGGACGCGAACGAGGCGCGAACGACGGACGAAGACGCGCGUGCGUCGCUAUUGCGUUGGUACGACGCGAAUAAGCGCUCGCUACCGUGGCGAAGACGAGGGAAACAACGCAAAUGGAUUAAGAUUGAGGCGCUCGCGGAGGACGCGGCGACGCCCGAUGAUCAGUACGCGUACGGUAUACUGGUGUCGGAAAUUAUGAGUCAACAGACGCAAAUCGAACGUGUCGCCGAGUACUGGCGGCGAUGGACCGCGCGAUGGCCCACGGCGGAAGCGCUCGCGGAGGCUACGAUCGAGGAAGUGAACGAGGAGUGGGCUGGGUUGGGAUACUAUCGCCGCGCGAAGUUUUUGUUGAACGGCGCGAUUUAUGUGCGGGAUGCGCUGAAAGGGAAGUACCCGCGAGACGUCGAGGGAUUGUCGAAGAUUCCGGGCGUCGGCCCGUACACGGCGAGCGCGGUGGCGAGCAUCGCGUUCGGCGCGAAGACGGCGGCGGUGGACGGGAACGUGUAUCGCGUUAUCACUCGGGCGAAGAUGAUCAAGGGUGAUCCACUCAAAGGCGACGCCGCGAAAGAGAUUCGACGCGUCGCGGAUGCAUUCGUGGACGCCGAGCGCCCUGGCGACUUCAACCAAGCGAUGAUGGAGCUCGGCGCGAUGGUUUGCGCUCCGCAGAAUCCCAAGUGCGAUUCGUGCCCGAUAUCGAUGUGGUGC